UCUCAUCACUAGUCGACAGUGAUUACUCAAAAAUGCCAAAUGAAUGGCCUAUGUGUGUCCUGUAAUCAGAUUGUUGUAAAAAAUGGCAAAAACUUACGAUUAUUUAUUUAAAUUACUAUUGAUAGGAGAUUCUGGGGUGGGCAAAACAUCUAUAUUAUUUAGAUUUUCGGAAGGUGCAUUCAAUAUCUCGUUUAUAUCAACAAUUGGUAUCGACUUCAAAAUCCGUACAAUAGACCUAGAUGGUAAAAAAGUAAAGUUACAAAUAUGGGAUACUGCAGGCCAAGAGAGGUUCCGUACAAUAACUACAGCCUACUACCGUGGUUCAAUGGGCAUUAUGCUUGUGUAUGAUGUUACAAAUGAAAAAAGUUUUGAGAAUAUAAAGAAUUGGAUAAGAAAUAUUGAGGAAAAUGCUAGUGCAGAUGUGGAGAAGAUGAUCCUGGGGAAUAAAUGUGAUUUAGAUGCUAAAAGACAGGUUUCUAAGGAAAGAGGUGAACAAUUAGCGGUAGAGUACCAGAUAAAAUUUGUAGAAACAUCAGCGAAAGAUUCUUUAAAUGUAGAGUUCGCAUUUUAUACUCUAGCUAGAGACAUCAAGGCCAAGAUGGAGAAGAAACAGGAGGCAAGCAACCCCCCAGCCCGUAGCGGCGGCCACAAGCUGAACGCCAACGAACAGCAACGCAAGCCGACGUCUUGGCUGUCGCGCUGCAGCGUGCUCUGACGACCCGCGGCGCCUCCCCGGGUCUUCGCCCUCCGCGCGCUUUGAAACUGCGGUAACAACGCACUUUGGAUGCAGGCACAGUUGAAAUUGUUGAGUUUGUGACAUAAUCUAAAGUGAACUAUUUAAGUUGGGAAUAAUGUAUGACAUUUUUUAAAAUACAUAAAUAAUUACCCAAAUUUUAAAAAAUAUUUAAUUAUUGAAUCUUUCACGGCAGAGACUAAUACAUAUUCCUAUUUGCCAUUUCUAUAAAUAAAUUCCCUUAUUCUUAUAAGGGAAAGUAGCCUUUUUGUUUAUUUGCCAUUUUAAAAUAAUACCUUAUUGUAAUGCAUACCUGGGGGUAUUGCCAUGCUUAAAAUUUUGUUUCUAAAUUAGUCUGUAGUUCACUAAAUAGCUUCCAAUAUUGAUCAGGUGGUAAAUGACAUUCCCAUCACAUAACGUUAUUCUUAACCAGUGUAAUUAUGCAAGUGAGAUGUAAAAUUAAAAUAUUCAGCCACAAACUUUUCAUUGGUCUCUGUAGGAUCAUUCUGUAAGUUUCUACUCUCUACACGAACUGUAUUUAAAAGCAAUGUAUCCAAAGUGUGUUUAUACGUGGCCAGGGUCAUACCCACCUCACUAUAUUUUUCGACCUACACUUUACCAGUGCGAGAGCACGGGAGCAGACCUGCUUUUGUAUUUUUAUAUCUGCAUCUCUUAGUUUAAAUGGAAGCAGUAUUUUCAUCUAAAUUUACCUGUAAAUGAUAACUUUGAAAGUGACAACUUAUGUUUAGGGCAAUAGUUAUUUCUUUUAUUUUUAAUAAUGGUUUCAAUGGAUAAAAUUUCAAUAGAUUAUUAUUUAGCUGUAAUUUUUCUUUUGCUAUUUAAGAUGAUUAUAUAUUUUAAUGUAAUAUAUUAUAUUUAAUUUGAAUAAACAGUGCUUUUUUACAUAAUUUAGUUUUAUAUUCACAUUUUUACCCAAAUGUUAUCCACAAAUAAAACUAUUGGAAACAUUAA